CCGGUGAAAUUGAAAUACGGGAAGAAAUAGAGGCAAAUAAUUAGAUUGCCUCCAAAGAAUUUUAAGUAUUUUAAAAUUGCCCCUAUAAAACGAAUCAGAACCUCCAUUUCUCUUUUUCUCAGCUACUGAAUUCAAAAAUUCCCUCUUAAAACCUCGAAAAGAAGCAAUGGCAAGUUCACCAUCUCAGGGUGAUACUCAGUCUCUUCCUCAGCCUGCUGCAGAAGCUGAAUCUCACCUCUCUUCUCUCGUCUAUGAUAUGUCGCAGCAUGUUCAGAUGGCAAUGGAGAAUAUGCUUAAGACGAUAACUGAAAUUGAUCAAAACUCUUUGGGAAUAGUGGAAGAAAUUGAGAAGUGCAAAGACUCUGCUCUUGAAAGGAAGAAAAGCUUGGGGGAAGAGAAGGAACAGUUUCAGAAAGCUGCAUACACUGUUUUGGACAUGCUGAAUAACAGAGACUGAAAAUUCAUUUUUUUGAAGGUAUUAAAAGUUAAAGGUCAAAUCCAUCGUCUUAGAGAAAUCAUAGGCAAAGCGAGCUGUUACUUUGGAGACUGUCAGCGGUCUGAGAUAUUAUCUUUCAGAUAUUUGUUUGAUAAUAGUUGCUCUUAUGUUUCUAUCUUGAUGGUUUAUGUUUUAACUAUACUCUCAUCAUAUAUGGUUUCAUUUUGAUAUUAAAAUGAGGCAUCUUAAUCUGUGUUCAUCUUUCACCAAUAUCUUUGUUUAUACGCAGAAAAUGGUAUUUUGAUAGUGGCUCCCCCACUGCCACCUCCCAAAACAUUAGGAAAACCAAAAACAAAAAGAAAAUCUAUUAUUGUAGUUCCUAUCCCAUUAACAAAAAGAACAUCUAUUAUUGUAGUUCCUAUCCCAUUUUUCUAAGUCAAUAGGAAUAUCAUGCUCUGAGUCUAUAAAUGCAAUCACUAUGAAAUUAUACACUUGUACCAUAAGAUAUACCAGCUCCAUUCUAUUCUUGUAUGUCAACACAUCUUGCAGUUCCAGAGAGUUUAGGUUUUGCACCUGAGGUUAAAUAGAAGGCAUAAACAUUUGAAAAAGAAUGAUGCUAUACCACUGCUCCCAAUACUAGAUUGUAGAAGUCUGUAGGUAUUGCAUUUUGUAAAAUAAUUUCAACCUUUGGAGGAAAGUGUUCUGCUUUCAUGUAUGACAUCUGUAAAAUGAAAAUAUAUGAAAAGGUACUGUAUGAUAACACUGUUUUUCUAUAGUAAGGUGGGUAGAUUUUGAUUACCAUUUCGUGAUUGAAAUCCACUGAAAUAUUGGAUUGUAAUUUUGUUAAGGUGAGUUCUUUUUUUUGAGUUGAUGAGGCAUUGCUUCAAUUGUAAGUUGUAACCCACACCACAGACCAAAUAGGAGGUUUGAAAUUUGAAUCCCCCCUUGUGACUUCAUAUAAAAGAAAUGGAAAUAGUGGUACCAACUGAGAAACAAGGCCUUCGGAGACUCCUUUGAAUUGGUAGGUUUUUUCAAC